AUGUCGUUUGGAGGGCACAGAUUCAGAUCAAGGAAGGGGCAAAUCGCUUAUGAGGCGUCUCUUGCGGGGAAGUAUCAGGCUAGACUAAAGAAGAAUCCUUUUCUUUAUUUUGGCUUGCCGUUUUGUUCCAUCAUUGUUCUUGGAUCUUACUGGCUAGCUGGCUUCACAGCUGUAAGAUACGAGCGAAAAGACCGCAAGGUCCAAGAGGUAAGCGAGGACGAUCUCAUAAAAAUGAAAAGUAACAAGAGGCAAUUCGACCUUAAGGAAGAAUACUAUAGGUUGCAGGGCCUUGGAGAGCAAGAUUGGGAGCCAGUACGUGUACCUAGAAUGAAAGGAGAGUCCGAAAAUGUUUGGUGA